GAGAAAUAUUUGUGAGAAGGUUCAUUAGAACCUAUCAACCCGAAUCAUUUAUCGCACCAACUUUAACCAAAUAUCAAGAGAAAUUAAAAGAUUUUGGAAUAAAAAUUGGUAGUUAUCCAAAAUUGACUAGGGAUAAGGCUUGGGUUGUAGUUAGUCUUUUGGCUAGAGAAACCAGUCCACAAGUUGUAGAAAAAAUUGAACAGGCAGCAAAAGAAAUAGCAGAAAAAAUUGAUGGUUUAAUUAUUGAAGAUUCAGAAGGUGAAAUUACCGGAUUGGAAAAAACUAAUAAGAUUAGUAAGCUUUAG